GGGUACUCACGGACACACGUCGCACAGUCGCGACUAGUCGUGCCGUAGCAGUGCAGUCAUAAACAAUAAGCGUGUGUAGUAAACUUGUCCAGAAAUUAUUUUCGGUUAUUUAAUUUAGACGUCUGAUUUUAAUAAAUUUAGUGUAAUUUCAACGGUAACAAAUUAUUUAUGUAAUAUUUUGGGCGUUCCAUUCAACAACCGCCUUAUAAGUUAUAACCACUGCGGCGACGAAUAUUUCAAUCAUGUUGUGUUUUUUUACAGAUAAAAUAUUCGCAAUCGCAUUCUGUCAAGAAAUAAUAAUCCGGUGUUGGAGCAGAUGCGUACGUCUCACUUGUGUACAUGGAGAUUUUCGUCUCAGUUAAAUAAUAUAAGCCAUUUAACAUCAGUGUGUGAACAGUAUAGGAACGGUGUUGUUGCUGCCUACGACAAUUUUUUUCUUAAUUUAUUUUUACCACAAUUUAAAUAAAUAAAAAUAUAGUUAAAUGGAACUAAUAGAAACAACUAGAAACAAACCUUCUUUAAUUGAUGGUAUUGGGUUUCAAUACCGCCUACAUCGAAAACAUAAUAAUGGAAUUAUAACUUGGAUGUGUGUAAACGAAAGAAAAAUUAAGUGCAAAGGAACGUUAAAGUCACGAGGCAAGACUGUGCUUUCCAUUACCGAUCACUCGUGCAUUCCCAAUGUGAAAAAGACUGAAGUCGCAAAAUUCUUAUGUGCAGCUCGGAAGAGAUUGCGUGAAGAAGAUACGCCAGUUCAUUCUAUUUACAACGACACUAUACGACCUUUAGUGGACGCUGGGUACGAGUUUGUCACAGAAAUUCCCACAUUUGCCAGAGUCAAAUCUUCGUUUUAUUGUAUCCGAAAACGAUUGAGAUGGUCUGUUUGUGACCCAAAAACCGUAAUAGAACUUGAGAUACCGGCUGACCUAGUAGCUUUGAGAGACGGGACUUCAUUCAUUGUUCUGGACGCAACUGUCGAUAAGACAAGCAGAAUUAUAAUUUUUGCUUCUUUACCAGGUAAAAGUGCGUUGAAGAAGUAUUCCGAAUUUUUUGUGGUUGGAACUGUCAAGACCUAUAGUCAGCAAUUCACACAAUUGUACACGUUUCACAUCGAUUUAAGCUCUAGUUUUCACGAGCGCAAUGCUUUCCCUAUCGUUUUUGCCCUUUUGUCCGAUAAAAAGCAACAUACGUACCAUCGCCUUUUUGAGGAAAUGAAAAAUAUUGGAUGGAAUCCACAGUCCGUACACCUCGACUUCGAGAUAGCCGCAAUCAACGCCUUACGAACUAUUUUUCCGCAAAUUCAAUUGCGUGGAUGCCAUUUCCACUUCACGCAAUGCUUGUGGCGAAAAAUUCAGGAUAUUGGUUUAGCAUCGGUAUAUAAAAAAAAUGAAGAUGUUCGAAUGCAUGUUAGGAAGUGUGGAGCAAUGGCUUACCUUCCUCUUGAUAAAAUUGACGACGCUUGGCUUACUAUUCAAAGUAAUGCACCUGAUGACGAGAAGCUAGCUGAAUUUAAUGACUAUUUUGUUGAAAACUGGCUCGACUCCGCCACUAUUUCUAAGGAAAUGUGGAAUUAUAACCAUGAAAAGCACCGAACAAACAACAUCGCCGAAGGAUGGAACCAUAAAUUGAAAACACUGGUGGGAAGGUCGCACCCGAGUAUUUGGGUUUUAAUUGAAAAACUGAAGACAGCCGCAGCAGAAAGUGAUCAUCAACUUUUAUUUUUAAGUUUAAGACUUUUAGAAUUAAAUCCCGAAGGAAAAAAACGAAACAAAAAAUAUAUAAAAUUCGACGAGAGAAUCAAACGUAUUCUUCAAAACUUUUUAGAAAAUAAUGACUUAGACAAUUGCCUCACAAAAUUGGCCAUAAUCGUCAAAUUACAUUGAUUGUAUAUUAUAUUUUACAUUGAAUAUUAAUUACCUAUUAUGUAGCAUUAAUCUAUUUGAUUAUUUACCUAUUAUAUUAUAUUAAACUA